AAUUAUUAAUUGCUUUUAAAAAAAUGAAAUUAGAGUAGUUAAAUAUUACUCAUUCACCAUUUGACUACUAGCCCUAAGUUCUUCAACCAAAUAAUAAUAAUAAAUUCUCAACAAAAGAAAUAAAAUAAUAAUAAAGAAAGUCUCGAAAUUUGUCUGAGUGUGUCAUCACCCGGUGGCUGAAGGACUAUAAAGAUUGAAACUUUGUCCUAUUUUCUCUGGUUUUCUUGGUAACCAAACAGCUUUCUACUCCCAAAACAAGAAGGAAACUUUACUACGCAAAUGACUUCCCUCUACGUUUCUCUCAAAACCCCACCUUUUCAGCCGAACGAUAUCCGCCGCCGCCAGCGCGAAUCGGCGGCGGCGGCAUUUGGAAUCAAUGGCCGCUGGAGAGCUCCGACGGUUUGCAUGAGCUUGAGAGUGGAGGCGCCGGAGAAUGCGACGAAAUCCGAUGGUGUUGUUUUGAAGAGCGAGGAGGUUAUGGAGACGGACGCGCGUGUGAUAGUUGGAACGUACGCGCGGUCGCCGGUGGUUCUGGAGAGUGGGAAAGGGUGUAAAUUGUACGAUGUUGAAGGGAAAGAGUAUUUGGAUAUGAGUUCUGGGAUUGCUGUUAAUGCUCUUGGUCAUGGCGAUGAAGAUUGGCUCAAGGCUGUGGUUGAUCAAGCUGGAACCCUUACUCAUGUCAGCAAUCUUUACUAUUCCAUUCCUCAGGUAGAGCUUGCAAAGCGCCUAGUGGAUUCUUCUUUUGCUGAUCGUGUGUUCUUCUCAAACUCUGGAACAGAAGCAAAUGAAGCGGCCAUUAAAUUUGCGAGGAAGUUUCAACGACACUCAAAUCCUGAUUCGAAAGAGCCAGCCACAGAGUUCAUCUCUUUCACCAACUGUUUUCAUGGAAGAACAAUGGGUGCUCUUGCUUUAACAAGCAAAGAGCACUACAGAACACCUUUUCAACCUGUCAUGCCGGGAGUGACAUUUGCCGAGUAUGGAAACAUACAAGCUACAAAAGAUUUGAUCAAGCCUGGGAAAACUGCUGCAGUUUUUGUUGAACCAAUUCAAGGCGAAGGAGGCAUUUAUAGUGCCACUAAGGAGUUCUUGCAAUUUUUACGCCAGGCUUGUGAUGAUGCCGGUGCUCUUCUGAUCUUUGAUGAGAUCCAAUGUGGUUUAGGCAGAACUGGAUAUCUCUGGGCCCAUGAAGCUUAUGGUGUGUUCCCAGAUAUAAUGACACUGGCCAAGCCUCUAGCUGGUGGCCUACCCAUUGGAGCUGUACUCUUGACCGAAAGAGUUGCUUCUGCGAUGGCUUAUGGUGACCACGGAAGCACUUUUGCUGGUUCACCUCUUGUAUGCAAAGCUGCUCUUGCUGUUCUCAAUAAGAUCUCAAAUCCUAAUUUCUUGAACAGUGUCUCUAAAAAAGGUCUAUACUUGAAAGACAUAUUAGAACAGAAACUGGGAAAGAAUUCACAUGUGAAGGAAAUUCGAGGGUCUGGAUUAAUCGUUGGAAUUGAGUUGGAUGUAUCAGCAACACCCUUUGUCGAUGCCUGUCGAGACUCGGGGCUUCUGAUAUUAACUGCUGGAAAAGGUAAUGUGGUGAGGCUUGUGCCGCCGUUGAUCAUAACCGAGCAGGAACUUGAUCGUGCGGUCGAGAUUAUGUGCCAAACUUUGCCUGCUCUUGAUGUUAAUGUUUAGAACAAACUGCAAUUGUUGAAAUCAUUUUCCAAAGUUGGUUGUUGUGUUUAGGCUAUAGCAAAUUCUGUAAUUUAAUUUAGUUUAGUGGCUUAACACUUUCAUGAGAGUUAAUAAUGUUAUUGUUUUGCUAAAUAAA